AUGAGUGGGUUUAGAUGCAUCGACAUUUCGACAAUUCCUAGCGAUAGAGAGGGCUUCUACGCAACCAACAACCAGUUCCAGAAAUCGGGUCCAAAGGGUUUCAUCGAAGUGAAGGUUCUCGAGAACAACAAUCUCUAUGUGCGUGUGGACUUGCCCGGUGUUCCAGACGACGGCAUCCACCACAGAGUCGACGCCGUGAGGCAAAAGGUUGUGUUUUUCUCGGGCGUAACUUUCAACGACGGCUACGAGAAGCAAGGCGUUCGCGAGUACUCUGGAACCGCCGGUCUGGGCUGUGACUGCUGCGAGAUCACAGGAGUGGAUGCCAAGAUGAAAGAUGGAGUCUUGAGGAUGAUUGUCUCAAGGGUCAAGGUCAAAGACCAUGAGAACAAGUGUACUCUCACUGUGCCUCCUUUCACAGGUAAAUCUGGAAGGCGCGUGGAGGACCACCCGUUUGUGGUGAGAGGUCGGAAAGGAGCAUUCGUUGGAGAAUCAACAGCCGAUGGAGGUCUUUUCUUCGCAGUGGAUAUGCCAGGUGUUAGUAAUGGUGAUGAUGUCGAAAUCCUUGCUAAUGAGUUUGAAGUUAGAUUCAAAGCCGAGAUCAAGAAUGUGGGUGAGCACGAUGAGAGUGGCCGUAUUUACUUGGGAACAGUCGACGCUUCUGAUUCUUCCUCUUCGCCUGAUCUUUUGAAGACCCACUCCAUCACUGCUGUUGUAAACUUUGGUAUCCUCAAGAUCCUCCUUAAACCUCGUGUCAACACCAACACCAAUAAGGAGUAA